AUGUCCCACAAUCAGUCCACCGUCUCAGUGAUCGAUUUCCAGCAGUUCCAUGAGGGUACCAAAGCAGGGAAACUCGCAGUGGGGAAGGAAAUGGUGAAGAUGAUGAGAGAGGUUGGUUUCAUGUAUGUCAUGAACCAUGGAAUCCCUGAAACUGAUCAACGACGUAUGUUUGAAUGGUCAAAGAAGUUCUUUGAUCUCAGCGAGUCUCAAAAGGCCAAAUGCUCGCACCCUCCAGAAGGUGCCCAUCACAGAGGUUGGUCACACGUUGGCAAAGAAAAGGUUGUGCAAAUGGUUUUCGACAAAAAGGAGGUGGAUAAGCUUCGGAAAGUCCCAGAUAUUAAGGAAUCUUUCGACCUUGGCAAUGAGAAUAACAAGCAAUUCUACAACAUUUGGCCAGAUGAAGACGACAUCCCGGGGUUCAAAGAGUACUGCCAAUACUAUUUCAAGGUAUGUGAUGCAACUGGUAAGCUCUUUUUGAGAGCAAUUGCAUUGGGAAUGGGCCUUGAAGAGGAGUUCUUCCUGCCUUAUCAUGACGAGUCCGACAAUCAACUGAGGCUUCUUCAUUACCCUUCAACGGAUGAAGAGUCAUUGAAAACAGGUAAAGCUGAAAGAGUUGCAUCACAUACAGACUUUGGGACUUUGACGAUGCUUCUACAAGAUGACUGCGGUGGAUUACAAGUCGAGGAUCCCUUCAACAAGGGUACUUAUAUUCCAGCUCCGCAGAUCAAAAACACAAUCAUUGUCAACACGGGUGACUUCCUGAUGAGAUGGUCAAAUAAUCAACUCAUCUCAACUCUUCAUAGAGUGACAAAUCCACCCGUGGAUUCAGCAAAUGGCAUUUCUAAAGCACGCUAUUCUAUUCCGUUUUUCAUCGGUGCAAAUAAGGAUAAGGUCAUCGAUGCAUUGGAAGGCACCUAUUCAGAUACAAACCCCAAGAGAUAUCCACCAAUAACAGCAGGAGAGUAUUUGGCUGCUCGUCUUAAUGCCACAUACAGUUGA